AUGGAAGCUUUCAGCUUGCUCAAGUACUGGAGAGGCGGCGGUGGUAUUCCUGUUGGUGCUGGUGGGUGCGGUAGAGAUGGUGACUAUAACACACGCGCCACCACAAUUGUCACUGCAGUGUCUCCAAACAGAGCGGAAACUGAUGAUGAGAAUGAUGACGAUGACGGGCCUUUUUUUGACUUGGAGUUUGCAGUUCCUGAUGAAGAAGAGGAAGGAGGGGAUGGCAAUGAAGAGAGGAAAGAAAAUAAUGGGGUCGAUUCUGAAGAGGAAAACGAUGCUGCUGACACUUCUGAUGAGGAUGAGGAUGAUGAUGAUGAUGAUGGCAUGGACGAAGAGAGGGAGUUUAAUUUCACUCUCUCUUCGGCUUCUAGCAAUGACAGGAGGGAUCAAAAUCUUGCUCUUUCUCCACCUGAUGAUUUGUUUUUCAAAGGCAGGCUUGUGCCAAUUGAGUCAUCUUCGGUCGAGCCAAACUCAAAAUCCUCACAGUUUUCGGUGUCUUUGUUAAAAUCUGCUACAAAAUUUCGUGUGUUCAUGUUGGGAUUAAAGAAGAAACCAAACACUGCAACAACAAAUGAAAAGACAGAAGCUAACGUGCCGACAUUAGCUUCUGCUACUCCCAAACAACAUGGGGAGAAAGAUGAGGAAAAUGGCAAGCAAAGUAAGUUUUUUACUGUGAAAUUUAAGGUUGAGGAAGUUCCUAUGAUGUCUUUGUUUACUAGAGAGAAUAGCAAAAGUAUCAAGUCAUCGCAGCAGAAGCAGAAUUCUACAGAAGAAUCAACUGCUUCAGCUGCUGGCGCUGCUUCUUCAGAUGAGAGGCAGAAAUUUUCAAAAGAUGUAAUGCAGAAGUACUUAAAGAAAGUUAAGCCUCUUUAUAUCCGUGUCUCUAAACGUUAUGUAGAUAAGCUAAAAUUCUCCGGUCAAUUAAGUUUAGGCUCUGGGCUAAAAAUACCGGCUGCUCCGCCAUCAUCCACGGUGACCCAGAAAACAACGGCUGAUAAGGGUGAAAAGGAGACGGAAAGCAUGGAAGCUCCUGCGGUGGCCGUAACCAAUCUUAAGGGCCUUAAACAGGGGAAUUUGCCUGCUGGUCUGAGGGUUGUAUGUAAGCAUUUAGGGAAAAGCAGAUCAGCUUCGUCGGCAGCGGUGGCGGCGGCCCCUCCGGGUCCUGUUUUGUCAAAUAGGAGAGAUGAUUCGCUGUUGCAGCAACAGGAUGGGAUCCAGAGUGCUAUUCUUCAUUGCAAGAGAUCAUUCAAUGCUUCUCGAGAUUCUGAUUCCUCUGUGUUAUCAAGGUCGGUGAGCGAUCCUUCUCAAGAGAAAUCAAUGGAAAUAUCGUCAAGGAAGUCAUCAGAUCAUGAAGGGAAAGGCUCUUCUGUAGACCCAAAAAAGGCGGGAAAAUGA